AUGACGGAGUAUAAGCAAGAACAGGAUAUGGAGAUUGAAGCUCUCGAAUCUAUACUUGCGGAUGACUUUAAAGAAAUCCAUUCUAGUGAAAGUGGGCUCAAUACUUCAAAUCGAUGCUUUCAGAUAACAGUGACUCCUCAGGAUGAUGAUCUAGAGGAGUCAUCGAUCCCACCAGUUCAGCUGGGUUUGGUUUUCUCGCACACGGAAAACUACCCGGACGAGGUUCCGCUUUUGGAUGUUAAAAGUAUUCGAGGAAUCCAUGUUAGUGACCUCACCAUCUUAAAAGAGAAGCUUGAACAAGAGGCAGCUGAAAAUCUUGGUAUGGCCAUGAUCUAUACAUUGGUCUCAUCAGCAAAGGACUGGGUGUCUGAACACUAUGGGCAAGAUGAUGGAGCUGACUUUGCCGAGGAAGAAGCUGCGAAAGAGGAUGAGGUAAUUGUUCCUCAUGGAGAACCUGUUACGCUGGAGACAUUUUUGGCGUGGAGAGAGAAGUUUGAGGCAGAGCUUGCACUUGAGCGAGCCAAGCUGAUGCCGGAGUCUGCUCUUGCCACAACCAAGGAGAAGAAGCUUACAGGGAGACAGUGGUUCGAGAGUGGCAGAGCGAGAGGGGCAGUGGUCACUGCUGAUCAAGAAUCUGAGGAGGAAGAUGAUGAUGACAUUGACUUUGAAGACGAAGAUUUUGAAGAUGACGAAGAAGACAUGCUUGAGCACUAUUUGGCGGAGAAAUCUGAUUCUUCCGUUCCCACAGCAAGGGCCUGA